GUCAUAUCACAGUACUCGUUACUCUGUAUCGCGUUAUUAUACUUCACUCGACUAGUUAUUAUAUUUUAGAUUUUAUACUGCGUUGCAUAAUACAAGUAAUAAGUAGUAAGUAAGUGUUAAAGUUUCAGACACUUGCUUUGUUUAAUUUAAGCAAAGUGUUUCUUUUUUUUUGCUCACACGCGAGUUUUAUUUAAUUGUUUAAGACAGUUAAUUUGAGACAAUUAAAGCAGUUUAUUUUUAGUCAUUAAUGUCUUUAUUAAUUGUUAUUGUUAAUGUGUCGGUAAUUUAAUCAACAUGGGAAAAGUAUCCAGCAAAUUUCGGAGCCCUAAAAUAGUAUUACCGAGAGUGGACGAGGAAAUUAGAGACCCGGAGCUAGAGGAUUAUUAUGGCAAAUGUCUUCCACGUCAGAUGAAAGUCGAUUCCGAACCAGAAGUCGCGACAGAGCUAAAUUUAAACAAUACAUCCAUGGAGCAACCUGAUGAGUCGAUACAUAAAUUAUUGGAACGUGAAUUACGAUUGCUAGAUCCGAGAGAUCUGCGCUCGCAUGCCUGGUAUCACGGAAGUACGCUGAGGGGAGGCAGAAAGGGCGCCGAGGCCGAGGUUCCUAAUGACGGGGAUUUUCUGGUACGUGAUUGUGCAUCUCAGCCGGGUAACUAUGUCCUCACUGUCAGGUGGAAAGGUCAACCACUCCACUUCGUCAUCAAUAGGGCUGUAAUACAAGCGGACACAGUCUAUGAGCGAACACAAUAUCAAUUCGAGGACGAGGCCUUCGAUACGGUCGCUGACUUGAUAACCUUCUACGUGGGCAGCGGACGUCCCAUAAGCCAAGCAAGUGGAGCACGUAUUGUCAAUCCGAAGCCAAGGUCGGUCCCGCUGACGUGUGUGGCUCCGGCGGCGUCGACGACUUCUAUCGCGACAUCAGUCCCAGGCACGCUUGCGACCAGUCUCAGCUCCUCCUCGUCCUUAUCAGCGAGCUCGCCGCCGUGUCUGCCCAGGAAGCAGCAGAGGAGCCACUCGCUGACGCCCCAGCAGCAGCAUGAUGACCAUGGGUCCUUCCACGGAUCCAAUCACACCCAGUCGAGCACUCUUCCGAGAGUCCCUCAGCCGGGGAACCUCAGCCAGCAGCCGCCUUCCAACUCGCUGUCCCUCGGCAGGCAGAAAAUCACUAGAGUCAUCUCCGACCCCGCGUUACAGCAGCAAAUUCUUCUUCCUUCGCAGACUGCGCUCAGUCAAGGAACCUCUGCACCGCCCAAACCUCCCAGGGUUCCUUAUCAGUGCGGACACUAUCACCACCAUCAUUUGCCUCCACAUCAUCCCCAACAUCAUCCGCACCAGGGCUAUCAAGCGUCAGGAAGCGACAGCGGAAACGGUUCAGGUGACAGCGAAUUCGAAGGAAACAACUCCGGUAGCGGAACAAAUCCCUCGAGCUUACCAAUAAAAGGGGUGGUGAUCCGGAGUCAUUACCACCACAUUUCCCAGCCGGGAGAGGGGUACAACGGCAAUGGGAGCGAGUACGAGCUAUCGGCGGAGGAGCAACUGGUGGUAGCAGCGCCCUCAAUGGAGAUCACCUCGGUCCUCGAUAUAGAAGGCUUCCAGACGUUCCUGUUACCAAUGGGAGAUCACCGGCCUCUGGACCCGACAGCGCUGAGAGGAGUUUCGGGAAUGCUCCACGACUCGGCGCCGCGCGUGCUCGCGUCCCACCUGACCCGGCUGGACCUGGAGUUGGUGCUGAACCCGGGGAUGGGAACUAGGUCAGGGAUGAGCGGCCUAGAGCUGGCGACUCUGCCUCACGGACGUCAAACUCGGCUCGACCUAAUCGAGAGAUCGGAGUGCCUGAAGCUGCUGGUCGCGGUGACCGUCCUGGCGGGGGCUACUGCGAUAGAGCGAGCAGCAACCAUCAGCAAGUGGAUUAAAGUCGCGAUCGACACCAAGACCGCUCUCGGUAACCUCUACGGGUUCUGCGGCGUGAUGCUCGGGCUUUGUGUCCCGCAAAUUCAAAGGCUGGCAAACACUUGGCAUUUGCUCAGGCAAAAGUACACUGACGAGGCCUUCAGCUUUGAAGCCAAGCUCAGACCCACUUUGAGAGCCAUGAAUGAAUGUACAAACCCCCAGGCGCCAAAUACUACCCUCCCACAUCUUCUUCCUGUUGCUUUGCUCGGCGAACGUGCUCCUGAAGAUGUUUUAGGCACAGCAGCACCAUCCGGCCUAGUGGGAGCCAUAUUGUCGCCCUGGGAGAACUCAGCCCCGGAUUGUGGGCUGUCAAUCGUGUGGGCGCACCUGGAAGCCUCCAGGAAAUUGGUCGACAGUCUUCCGGUGUUCCGGAGGAACGCGGAAAUAGCUCUAGAGGGCUGGAGAAGCGACGAGCUUUUGACCGACGCCUUCAGGACUGAGUUUCAUAUAAAGUUUCUCUGGGGAAGUCGCGGAGCCGCGGUCGCGCCCGAGGAGCGGCAUCUCAAGUUCACUCAGGUCUUGGACGCCAUGUAUGACAAGUGUGUCGCCAGCGAGAUGGCCGCCUGAAUUCCUAGUCCUUGUGUUGAAUUAAAUAAAUUUAAUUAGCUAUGAUAAUUAUUAUUAAUUUAAAGGAAUAAAAUAAUUAUAAUAUCUAAAUGACCCCCCACACGAAUAAAAAUACAAGUCGCGUUAUUAUUACCAAAAAAACGGUAAAAAAAAAUUUUUUUUUUCAUUUUUUUACACUAGAAAUUUUUUAAGGUAAAUUUUUAAUU